AUGCCUGCUGGACGGUCGCCAUGCCCUUUGAAGCACAGAGCGUGCUGCUAUGUGCUGCUGUUGUCAGCCCUGGUGUCCGGUGAGCCAGAAUCUGGCCCAGCCAGAUGUCGCUUGGAACAGGGCAGCUGUGCAAUGCGCGAGAUGCCACGCGAUACGACAACAUUAGUUGUUCCAGGCAGCCAAAGCCGCUGCAUCUUCAGCAACGUCGAAUCUGAGUACGCCUUUCAGGUGAUACCUGGAGAUACUGACAAGCUCUUGGUCUUCUUCCAGGGUGGGGGGGCUUGCUUCAAUGAUGCAAGCACCCAGACAGCUCCGCCCUGCCUGUCCCACUUGGUCGUGCAGCCUCUCGUGGGAAUCUUCGACCGCGAGCACCCUGCCAACCCGUAUCGCAAGUACACGAUUGUCCAUAUCAACUACUGCAGUGGAGACUUGCACAUAGGUGAUGUGGUGAGAUGGUAUCUCGAUGCGGCUGGUCAACGUGUUGAGCAGAAAGGGUUCGUGAAUGCAUUGUCUGCCAUCAACUGGGCGAGGAGAAACGUGGGAAAUGUGGACGGGAUGCUGAGCUCUUUGGUCAUUGCCGGUUCUUCCACCGGCGCGUUAGGCGCCCAAAUCUGGGCUGCCACUCUGCUUGGAAGCUUCCGCUACCAAGCCGCAGCCGUGCUCAGCGACUCAGCUCUUGGUAUCUUCCCGGAGCAUGCGCAGGGUCCGCUUCUGGCAGGCUUCGGGCUGUGCAAGACCGGCCUCCUGGAUCCUUCUCCGGGGCUGAAGACGCGGUGCUUGUCCCAGCAGCUGACCAUGCAGGAUGUGGUUCAUCAGCUUUCUUCAGAUCACCCGCAUGUGGCCAUUGCUGCUAUCACCAGCCAGCAGGAUGUCAUGCAGAUCCGCUUCUACAACGCGGUCUGCAUGGCCAACAUGAUGACGGAGCGAGCCACAGCUGCAGAUUGGGAGUCCAAGCUCAUGGACACACUGGAGUCCUACAACAAGCAUCCUGCGUUUGUGACCUACUUGAUAUCUGGUGGUUCGAACUACUUCCUGCCCGUGAAGGAGCUCUUCACAACGAACCUGCGCGGGAAGAAGAAUGACAUUCCUUCUUCUGGCCUUCUGCUCACAGACUGGCUGCAAAACCUUCCAGUGCUGCCUGGACAAAGCAUCUCCAGCCAGUGCAGUGAAUGUGCGCCUGCCCUUCGCUCGAAGACUUUUACUGCCCCAACAGCAAGACUUCAGCAGACGGUACCUAUGGAAAUUAAGUCGCGAGAUCUCCCCAAGGAGAAGGACUCCAAGCACCUGCCCAGCAUCCACGUCACGCCUCCGGCGCUGGAGUCUCCGUGGUGGUCAAACCUGUACUACACUGCUUUGCUGUUGACUGCUGGCGUGCUGUCGUUAGGAGACUUUCCAGUUGGCCUCGGCUCACGCAGGAGGCCACCCCUGGAGGACAACCACUGGCCGCAAGUGAAAAGACACGAGCCAAGUGUCAAAGUACAUCACUCCGUCUCAGAUGGUGGUGGUGAGCACCAAGGCAUUUUGACGGGAAGAUUGUCAUACUUUGCUCGCAACUUUGCAUAUCUAAGUGAUCUAAAUCCGAUCGUCGCAGACGGAAAUUUCGUGCCCAAGCAUGCUGGCGACAAGGACAGCGAAAAGUUGAUGAAGGAAGUGUCGGAAGAGGAGAUGACGGAGUUCUUCAUUUAUGCAAGAGAGGUGAACUCGGCAAUGGCAGAGCUUCGCACGCGAGCCACCGGGCAUGUGUGCAGGCUGAUCUCUGCGAAUGACUUGACCGGAGUUUCCAAGUUUCCUGACCAGUCCUUCCAGAAUGCCCUGACUGGCUCUGCGAAGCGGGCUGUGACGCUGUACCCCGGCUAUUCCGGCCCGACUGUUUUGCUGAAUCUCCCGUGGCUGGCGCGCAUGCUAGUCUCCAUCCUUACACCACUUUUUCCUGGGGCUGUACGCGAGAAGAUAAAGUUUGCAAGGGGGCCCAUGGCGUACAUGAAGGACUUAGAGGAUGUGAUCAAAGAGCCCACCAGGGGCAUGUUCGUGGACGACUUGCAGGCGGUGCUGAACUCCUGA